AUGUCUGUUACAGACUUCACCAUAGCGGAGGAAGAGCUAGCCUUAGGCGGUGGCCCUGAGCAGCCCAGGGCAGGGAGACAUUCCGGGUGUCUCAAGGCUGGCAUUUGCUUGCUUCUGGUGGAACUGUGCGGGAAGUUUGCCUUCUUUGAAGUCGUCUGCAACAUGAUCCCCUUUUGCACAGUCAAGCUUGGCUAUUCCAACCACCAGGCAGCCAUUCUCAACCUGUGUUUUGCUGGAGCCUCGGUCCUCAGCCCUGUGUUUGUUGGGUGGCUGGCAGAUUACUACUUCAGAAGGAGCAAACUGUUGCACGUAUUCUUACUGCUACAUUUUCUAGGCACUACGUUGUUAUCCAUGCUUGCUUUCCCCUUGGAAGAUUUCUACGGAGGCUCUUACCCUGUGGUCAACCACGUGCCCGUGGAGGAGCGGGCAGGAAUGUUUCACACAGCACUGCUGACCCUCUGCCUGGGCACAGGAGGGAUAAGGGCUGUUAUCUGCCCAUCUGAUGCUUACAGCCCUCAGGAACACGAAUCCAAGAAGCCAAGGUCUUUUUUUAACUGGGCCUCCUGGUCUACGAACCUGAAUGCAGCAGUUGUCUUUCUGGGAAUCGCAUGCAUCCAGCACUCCGGGGCUGGGGCCGUAGUGGUCCUGCUUCCUUCUCUGUCUGUGUUCAUGGCCCUGGUAUCUCUGUACAUGACGCACUGUGACCUGAUCCAUCAACCAGCGAAACGUUGCUCGCCCGUGACUGUCUCUGGCGUGGUUUUUACGGCCCUGAAAAAAUGCUGCCACCUUGGGCGAGAUGGAACAAGCUGGUCAGGCCGUGCCCUGCAAAUACACGCUGAACACGGCAGAGAACUCCAGGAGGAAGACACAGACCUUGUCUUCUCCACCCUCUGGCCUCUCUUCGGUUUCCAGCUCGUAUACAGAAUGUGCCUUAUGCAGAUCCCUUCAGGAUAUUAUCUUCAGACCAUGCAUUCCAACCGGAACUUGGGCAGAUUUCCUCUGCCAAUUGCACUAAUGAAUGCCAUCAGCAUCCUGCCAUCAUUAAUCCUGCCUCCCUUCAUAGAUUACUUCAGCAACUGUCUACUUCCCUCUAAGAGAGAUGGACCGUUCCUGUCAGCAUGCAUUAUUGCUGGUAACAGUUGUGCAGCCUUGUCUGUGGCCAUAGCCGGCUUCCUAGAAAUACACAGAAAACUCACCUGGGAGGAGUCUUCUUCAGGCAAAGGUUCCUCUGUUUCCUUGCUAGCCUGUGGCUCUCUGGUUCCUCAGUAUGUUCUGCUUGGAGUAUCUGAGGCCCUGGUAAACCCAGCGGUCUCCAUGGUAAUACACAGAUUCAUUCCAAGCACCUUCAGAGGAACUUCCAUGAAUUUUUUGACGCUGUUUCAUGGAUUUGCCUGUUUCACAGGGGCACUGCUGGUGGAGUUGGUUUAUCUCAUCUCAAAAGGCAAUUGGUUUCCAAACACAUUAAACAAAGGCAAUUUAGAAGGCUUCUUCUUCGUGCUGGCAUCCUUGACGCUGCUGAAUGUCCUGGGAUUCUGGAGGGCUUCACGGGGAUAUUGUAAUCUAAAUCAUUGUAAGGCCCAGAGCAUCAGUGGAAGAAAUCAUGAAGAAACUCUUCUCUGUGGAAAGUCUCUGAAGUUUUAUGGCAGCAUGCUGGAAGCAUCGUCAAGUAUUGAUCUGUGGGAGACAGCCCUAUGA